AUGGCAGUUCCGAGCAUGGACUUUUCUGACGUAGAAACUUUUCUUGACAAUCAUCCUGAACUGUUUGAGGACUAUCUCAAUAGGAAAGGAAAACAUAGCAUGGUGGAAAAAUGGCUCAAAAAUCACCAGGCGAACAAAACUCCAGUGAAUGCCAGUGCGGACCCGGAUAAGACCAAUGUCAGCAAUGUCAGCAAAGACAGCUGGGCGAGCAAGGGUGACGGCUUACAGAGACGGGCCUCGCAGAAAGAGCUGCGGAAAACUUUCGCAAGGUCCAAGGCAAUCAACGCGAACAGGACAUACGACGAGCACGUAAAUUCCAGGGCGCAGGAGCCUCUCACAAGUAUGAGGAGAAGGGCUCUGCUUAGGAAAGCCAGCUCCUUGCCACCAACUACUGCUCACAUUCUCAGCGCUCUCUUGGAAUCCAGAGUUAACAUACCUCAGUACCCUUCCACGGCCAUAGAUUUCAAAUAUUACCUUAAGGAACACAACGAAAGGGAGUUUUUCCUGGAACUCGUAAAAGACAUUUCUAACGAUCUGGAUUUAACUAGUCUCAGCUACAAAAUCCUCGUGUUUGUCUGUAUUAUGGUGGACGCGGACCGCUGUUCCUUGUUUUUAGUGGAGGGCACAGCAAAUAAGAAAACGUUAGUGUCAAAAUUCUUUGAUGUUCACGCAGGCACUACGGUGCUGCCUUCCCUGAGUAACUCGGAUGAAGUACAGGUGCCGUGGGGGAAAGGGAUUAUCGGAUACGUUGCAGAACACGGAGAGACUGUUAAUAUUCCCGAUGCCUAUCAGGACCGUCGCUUCAGUGACGAAAUCGACAAGCUGACCGGGUACAAGACCAAGUCUCUCCUCUGUAUGCCCAUCCGCAACAGUGACGGGGAGAUCAUCGGGGUCGCCCAGGCCAUUAACAAGGACCCCGGGGGGGCCCUGUUCACCGAGGACGACGAAAAGGUGCUGCAGAUGUAUCUGCCCUUCUGCGGGAUCGCCAUUUCCAACGCCCAGCUCUUCGCCGCCUCCCGGAAGGAGUACGACAGGAGCAGGGCUCUGCUGGAGGUGGUGAACGACCUGUUCGAGGAGCAGACGGACCUGGAGAAGAUCGUGCGGAAGAUCAUGCACCGUGCCCAGACGCUGCUGAAGUGUGAACGCUGCUCCGUGCAGCUGCUGGAGGACAUCGAGUCCCCGGUGGUAAAAUUCACCAAGUCGUUUGAACUACUGUCCCCCAAAUGCAGUGCGGAUACAGAGAGCAGUUUCAAAGACAGCUUGGAGAAGUCGUCCUACUCUGACUGGCUCAUCAACAACAGUAUUGCCGAGCUUGUGGCCUCGACCGGACUCCCAGUCAACAUCAGCGAUGCCUACCAGGACCCACGCUUUGAUGCAGAGGCAGAUCAGUUCUCUGGAUUCCAUAUCCGCUCUGUGCUUUGUGUGCCUAUCUGGAACAGCAACCACCAAAUAAUCGGUGUGGCUCAGGUUCUGAACAGACUGGAUGGAAAGCCGUUUGACGAUGCGGACCAGAGGCUGUUUGAGGCCUUUGUCAUCUUCUGCGGCCUCGGCAUCAACAACACCAUCAUGUACGACCAGGUGAAGAAAUCAUGGGCCAAGCAGUCUGUGGCUCUGGACGUGCUGUCAUACCAUGCCACCUGUUCGAAGACAGAGGUGGACAAAUUUAAGGCAGCAAACAUCCCCCUGGUGUGUGAGCUCGGCAUUGAUAAGAUGUCCUUUGAUGACUUCUCGCUGGACGUGGACGCCAUGAUCACCGCUGCCCUGCGCAUGUUUAUGGAGCUGGGCAUGGUGCAGAAAUUCAAAAUCGACUACGAGACGCUGUGUAGGUGGUUGCUGACGGUGAGGAAGAACUACCGCAUGGUGCUGUACCACAACUGGCGGCACGCCUUCAACGUGUGCCAGUGCAUGUUCUCCAUGCUGACUACUGCGGGGUUCCAGGAGACCCUGACCGAGGUGGAGAUCCUGGCGCUCAUCGUGGGCUGCAUCUGCCACGACCUGGACCACCGUGGGACCAAUAAUGCUUUCCAAGCCAAGACGGGCUCGGCCCUCUCCCUCCUGUACGGGACCUCAGCCACCCUGGAGCAUCACCACUUCAACCACGCCGUCAUGAUCCUGCAGAGCGAGGGACACAACAUCUUCUCCAACCUGUCCUCUCAAGAGUACAGUGACCUCAUGCAGCUGCUGAAGCAGUCCAUCCUGGCCACAGACCUCACACUCUACUUUGAGAACAGAGCUGCCUUCUUUGAGCUUGUCAGCAAAGGGGAAUACAACUGGAAUGUGAAGACCCACAGAGACAUGUGCAGGUCAAUGCUGAUGACUGCUUGUGACCUCGGAGCCGUGACCAAGCCCUGGGAAAUAUCCAGAAAGGUGGCGGAGCUGGUGACCAGCGAGUUCUUCGAGCAGGGAGACAGAGAGCGGUCAGAGCUGAAGCUGACUCCCUCAGCCAUUUUCGAUCGGAACCGGAAGGACGAGCUGCCAGGUCUGCAGCUGGAGUGGAUCGAUGGGAUCUGCGCUCCGCUGUACGAGACGCUGGUGAAACUGAACCCAAAGCUGCAGCCGAUGCUCGACCUGAUCCGGGAGAACAGAGCCAGGUGGGAGGAGCUUAACCAGGAGCGGCAGCGCAGCCAGGAGGCGACCACGCCCACGGCGACCGGCGGCGCGGCGGAGAGCAGCGGCAGCGCCCCCUGCUGUAGCAGCUCAGCUGAGAACACCAGCUAG